AUGACUAAUGUUCAGUCAGGUGUGCACUUGGUAAAAUCAAUUAGUUUGCAAGCAAUCAAAUACUGGCUAAAUGUUUAUCCCAGUUACAGAAUAGAAGAAGUUGAAUGUACGGAAUCCACGCGCUGUGCGCCCUUUGGCCGGGCGGCGGUCUCCCGCCCCUUCUCGGGGAACGUGCUGUGGGCUGCGCUGUUUUGCCUGGGCUGCCGCUUGCUCUCCCCCGCCGAGGCCAGCAGCCUGGGGGCCGCGGGAGCGGUCACGGCCGGCGCGCAGCCGCACCGCCGCUUCGAGUACAAGUACAGCUUCAAGGGGCCGCACCUGGUGCAGGGGGACGGCUCCGUGCCCUUCUGGGUCCACACGGGCAAUGCCAUACCUAGUGCAGAUCAGAUUCGAAUAACUCCAUCUUUAAAAAGCCAGAGAGGAUCAGUAUGGACAAAAAAUAAGUCUAUAUUUCAGUAUUGGGAAGUUGAGGUGACAUUUCGAGUGACUGGAAGAGGCCGAAUUGGAGCUGAUGGUUUAGCAAUCUGGUUUACUGAAAGCCAAGGCUUAGAGGGUCCUGUUUUUGGAGCAGCUGAUACUUGGAAUGGUGUUGGCAUUUUCUUUGACUCUUUUGACAAUGAUGGAAAGAAAAACAACCCAGCAGUAAUUGUUGUAGGCAAUAAUGGAAAACUCCUAUAUGACCAUCAGAAUGAUGGUUCUACACAAGCAUUGGCAUCAUGUCAGAGAGAUUUUCGUAACAAGCCCUACCCUGUCCGAGUAAAGAUUACAUAUUACCAGAAACUACUAACAGUAAUGAUUAAUAAUGGCUUUACCCCAGAUAAAGAAGACUAUGAAUUUUGUGCUACAGUGGAAAAUAUGAUACUACCAUCAGAAGGGUACUUUGGAAUAUCUGCAGCAACGGGGGGGCUUGCAGAUGACCAUGAUGUAUUGUCAUUCCUGACUUUCCAGUUGACUGAACCUGGGAAAGAAGCACCUACCCCAGAUGCAGAAAUUCCUGAGAAGGAUAAAGAAAAAUAUCAAGAGGAGUUUGAGCAUUUUCAACAAGAACUGGAUAAAAAGAAGGAAGAAUUUCAGAAGGAUCAUCCUGAUAUGCAAGGGCAGCCAGCGGAUGAUCUAUUUGAAACUGUAAGUGAUCGUGAACUGAGACAAGUCUUUGAAGGGCAGAAUCGAAUUCACCUUGAAAUCAAACAGCUUAAUAGGCAACUGGACAUGAUUCUUGAUGAGCAGAGGAGGUAUGUCACAGCAGUAACAGAAGAGAUUACCAAAAGAGGAGCUGGUAUUCCAGGCCAACAAGGACAGGUCUCCCAACAAGAACUUGAUGCUAUUGUGAAAACUCAAGAGGAGGUACUCAGACAAGUGAAUGAAAUGAAAAAUUCCAUGGUUGACAGUCUGAGGUUGGUCAGUGGAAUUCAACACCCUGGGUCUGCAGGAGGAGUCUAUGAAACAACUCAGCACUUCAAUGAUAUCAAAGAACAUCUUCAUGUAGUAAAGAGGGACAUUGAGCAUUUAGUACAGCGAAAUAUGCCAUCAAAUGAGAAACCAAAGUGUCCAGAAUUGCCACCAUUUCCAUCAUGCCUAUCUACAACUCACUUCUUCAUGUUUGUAGCCGUUCAGACAGUGUUAUUCAUUGGUUAUAUCAUGUAUAGGAGUCAGCAAGAAGCAGCAGCCAAAAAGUUCUUUUGAUGACCUAUUCCUGUUGUGUGUAUGUGCUUUUGCAGUAUGUAUGCACAGAAUAUUACAUAAGUCUGUAAAUGAGGGAAAUUCUAGUCUUUAAAAUGCUUCAAUAUUGUAAAUUAUUGAAUUUUUGCUAAACAAAAUAAGUUCUUGUUUAAAAUGUUAAUAUUGUGGUUAAAAACAGACCUUAGAGCAAUGGCGCAAGUACAAUUGAAAACUGUGGGCCUCGGGUUUUUUUAAUGGUUUCUGGUAAAUACUGGGACUGACCAUGAGCUAUCAAUAAAUUUCCAUCAUCAAGAAUUGGGGCAGAAAUAUACAUUUAAGCAUUCUGACACACGAGACUUCUUUUAAAUAAAAAAACUACAUUCCUCUAAAUUGGAGUGAAGAAAAAAUGUUAUAAGUAUUCUGUUUGCCAUUUGGAUUUCAGUUUGGCAAUUAGAGACUUGUAGAUCUAAAUUUCACAGGAGUUUGUAGAAAUAACUGUGUCAUGUAUGGACCCUGAAAGACAAAGGCCUUAAUAACAAUCUGACUAGUGGCAGCUGAAGUGUAGAACAAAGGCUUUCUAUUAAGAACAAGCAAACAAUGGCUUGUCUCUUUUGAGACAAUGGAGAAAGAAAUAUCUUCUAAUAAUGUAGAGGUCUUUUAAGCAGUUGUGUGAGGAGUGUUAGGAUUAUAGUAGUUUCAUGACUUACCAUAGUUUUGUGAAGUAUUUAAUGGAACCUUUCCAACAAAGAAAUAAUAAUGAGGCUAUUUCUUUAAACUUCAGUUGAGAUAAGGGCAUAUUUAGAUUGCCCUAUGCCUUUGUUUUAUAAGUUAUGUCAUGAACCUAAUACAAAUACCACAGUGGGCACCAAGUUAAUAUUUUACAUAGUAAACAUUGAAAACCAGGAGUUUUUGUGUGCACCUUAACUACUUCCUCACAACCCAUGUUUUGCUGUUAAGUCCUGCAACAAUUAUUGAACCAGUAUUGUGUAAAUUAACUAAAUGUUCAGUCUGUUGGAUUUGAAGAUUGCUUAAUAUUGUCUAUUAUGUGAACAUUGCAUUCGGGGACAGGAGGGAAUGGAACAGAUGCUCAAAUUAGUAAUAAGAAAAGGAUUCACUCUACUUUGUUUACAUAUCCAUAGUAACCUGUUCUCAAAUAACUCUCCUACAGAGCUAAAACUAUUUCCAAAUUUCUGCAAGGCACAUGUUGAAAAAUGGACAUUGGAACGGUUUAUUUUUAAUUACAGAAUUUGUUUGUCUUGAUACCUGCAGAAAUUGUCCAGAACUUAAUGUAUGCAAUUUUGACUCCUUUGGAGAAAGCAACACAUGCUGUCGAGUUCAAUGUCACGAAGAAGCAUUUGUUAGUAUUGUGCCUGAGAUUUUGGAGAGAAGAAAUCUAUGCAAUAUAUUUUUGUUACUUAAAAAUUAAACUAUCCUAUACAUAUGGAUGUCUAUUCUAUACCAGUGAAGUGUAAUUAGAUCCCUCCCACAUCUAUUUGGAUAAGUGAAGAAUGUGAUACACUGUAAAUGGUAUAGUUUAUAAAUUUACUUAAAUUAUGGGAAAGCUUUUUUGCUGUACCGAUAGGAGAAACUGCUGUCCCAAACUAGAUAGAUAAAAGGGUUCUGACAUUAAUUUGUCUUUAAAAAAGUAGACUAACACACGGCAGCAAUUAAACUGCCCUCUUCUCUCACACCAACAAGUAUUUACAGAUGCCUUGCGUUAAACUAAAUUAAUGAAGAAAAUGACAGUGUUUUAUCAGACUCUUGUAGUUCAUUAUCUUUCCAACAAUGUACAGUAUUAUUUUUUUCUGCUCUGGUGCUGGUACUUGGUCAAACAAAAUCUCCUCUCUCUCAAACUAUUUAUCUGUCAUGAUACUACUUAUGAUGAAAGAAUAGAUCUCAUGGCCCUAACUUUCCAGAAUACAUUUGGUAAAAUGAUGUACAGCUCUUAAACAUCUUCUAAGUAAUACAUUCUUGUUUCUCCAUUUUGUGACUUUCAAUGAUUAUUUUUUUCAAUUUGAAAAUUAAAAUGUUGAAGCAACCAGUGGAAUUGUAUCUUCUGUUGGGAAGAGGAAAACACUGGGGUCACUGUGUGCAAUUUUUGAACUAGCUCACUGUCUAAAAUUACAUCUACGCCAUGUUAAAUGAAAGUGUGUUUAUACUGCUGAUGAACCUGAUCCCAUAGGAUAUAGUGGCAUUUUGCCAUUAACUUCUGUGGAAACAGAAGGACCAAAACAUGUAAUUUUCAAAAGGGAAUGAUCUUUCUAAGCUACUAAUUCUAGUGGUGAAAACAGUAAUUCAUAAGCUAUCCUUGCUACUUGUUAAGGGGUGGAAACUAUAAAACAUCUUGGUAAUUACCUGACCUUACUCUUAUUCCUAUCAUGACUUUUAAAUUAUAGGUUUUUUGUAAGACCUUUGUUAGCCAAAAUACUGUUUCAUAAGUGCCACUAAGUGUUGCAAUGUUGUGUGCAAGCACACGUGCUUUUCUCAAAUAGCAAUUGAGGUGUACAGAGAUGAGAGAACUUGGAAUCUAAUUUUAACAGUUUGAGGGGCAAAUCAGCCUGGUCAGAGUCUUAGACUUGAGCAUUGCAUGAUAGGUGGCUUAUCAAAUUAAAUUUGGAAAUGGAAGGAGAAUUUAAACACCAUGGUGAAGAGUACAGUAACUAAAUAGUUAUCCAAGCCCUUCAAGCAAAACGCAAAAUCAUUGUUCUUUAAAUUGACUGUUUCCUGUUUGAGAUACUGACUUGUAUUGGUGUAUCAAUUACUGUAACACUGAAAAGGUUGUCCAUCUGUUUUGGAAGUGAAGUACAUAAACCUUAUUUGAAUAAAGAUACAUAUUUUAGUAAA